AUGAUGGAGAACUCGUUCAUGUCAACUGCGCGAUUCCGGCGUUCAUCGCAGGACAGCAGUGUCCUCAUGCAGGCGCAUGCAGAACGGCGGCGCUCAUCUAGCCAGAGCGAUGCGACACCGCGACAGGGAGGAUUGCUGCAGGGCGGCGGUGGAAAUAGCACGCCCGCGGGCACUGCCCCCAGCAGUGAUGCUGUCCCACCGAGCGCUGACACUCCCCCCAAAAGACUUGCCUUUCUCCCAGAAUUGCUAUUGUCUGCCGCUUCAGGGAGCUCAGCUUUAAUCCAGCGUUCCUCGCCCAUCCCUUCCCAGUUUCUUCCAGUGCGCUCCCAUUCUCGCGCAGAGUCCACUCUCGGCACCAUUCCCCGUGAGCCUUCCCCUUCACCGACACCGAUGACCGCGACAUCCGGCGCGCAGGUCAAGGGCCACAUAUCCCCGACGAAGGCGUCCUCGUCGCGGACAUACGAUUCGAAGCUCGUCUCCCGUGAGAUGCAUCGACUGGGCAACCUCGCACACCUCCCAUCCCUUGCUCCUGCUCUCUCUGCUGCACAGUCCACGGUUUCCCUUGGCAUGGCUCCAUCCGCCGGAUCGAGUAUGUCGUCAGGUUCGUCCGGCGAAAAUCCGUGGGCUUCGCUCCAUGUCCAUAUCCUUCCGCUUUUCAACGGCGAGCCACUGCGAGUUCCACUUGAGGACCUGAAUCAGCUUGUGAAGCGCCACGUCCAAAUUGUCGUGUCCGCGUCGCCAUCCAAGGCACUCACUACACUGGAGCAUGAUACAUCAGAGUUACUUGCAUCAGGUAUGGUAACGCUGAACGCGAAGUUGUCGGGCAUAGAGGACGAGAAGUUGGUAGCAAGGAUAGUAGAGCUCUGGGGUUUCUUCUGGGACCAGAUCCUGCCAUACGUUGAAGGCGCACUGCUGCCGCUGCAGACAGACCCAUUACUGCUAUCACUGUACCGUAUGCCAAAGGCGCACAAAGCAAACUCACCAGUGACAUCGCAGAACGGCAAGGGCUCGAUCUCGUCCUUGAUGCUUCAGUCCACGCCCCAGAUCGAUGUACGUACAGUGGCGCUCCAGUCUUUCCGUGACCGAAUCAUUCUUCCACUCUUCCCGCGACUGUAUGCGCGCCUUACGCUUCCUAAAGAAGAGGCUGAGAACCCGGUCCUCCAGCAGCCGCGCCUACAGCAAAUGCUGCUCGUACUCGUAUCACAGCACCCGCAACGUGCGCCUACGUUCUCGCUCACCGCACCUCCGCCGCCGCCAAGCGCGGGUGAGGCAGCAGUACAGCACCUCCUUCGCGCAGUGCGUGCGCCAUUACCUCAUCUGCAGCGCGCCUCCGCGGGCACGGGUGCGCCGUCGUUCGUCGCUGACGGGCUUCCACGCGACCGCCGUGGGCGCAUCGCCCAAAAAUAUGACUACCCCGCGGAUGUCGACGAGGAGGGUGGCGAGACCCCGCGUAUUGGCGGCGUUGGAGGUGUCGCGUUCACGAGCCCGCGACGCGAGAAGGAGUUCUUUGACUCGCUCAGAAGUCCAGACGUGGAUACCUGGGACGAGAGCAUACACCGAGGCGAGGAGGAAGGCGGGAUCGAGGAGGAUGCGGAAAAGGAUUCGGGCCAGCAGCACAACAUUAUGAACCGGUUGGCAGGCAUGAGCCGCCGAAGAGAAGCGAUUUGA